AUGGCCAAGGGAGUGGCUGUGCUCGGACUGGACUUCUCCUCCAGGAAGUUCGAGACGGCGAGCGACUACGUCAAGUGCUUGCAGGAGGAGGCUGGGCACUGCAGCGAGGGCAAGGAGGGAGCGGAGAAGAGCAUGGAAGAGUUGGCGCAAUGCCUGAGCCAGCUGAAGAUGAAGAUCAAGCUGGAGGACGGGAAGGAGAAGCACAAAGAGUUCUUGGACGAGCUCUCUGCUCUCUUCGCCGAGGGGUCUACCUUGCAGGUCCUGAUCCGCAUGAUGACGCACCUGGACUUCGAGGCCCGCAAGGACGUCUCCUUCAUCUUCCGCGUGCUCCUCCGCAGCUCCGCGGGGCCGGAAAGCUUCUCCGUCGCCUACCUGGCUGCAGACUUCGACAGGGACGAGGAGGACAACUGCCUGGUAGACCUCCUUAAGAACUACCGGCACGCGGACUCGAUCUCGACCUGCUGCGGUCUCAUGCUCCGAGACUGUGCCAAGUACGAGGACCUUGCCAAGAGGCUGCUGCAGACGAUGAAGAAGUCAGCAGAGGCCCCGAUCGACGCGCCAGUCCGAGGAGCAGACAUCUUUACCUACGUCCAACUUCCCCAGUUCGACAUCGCGUCCGACGCUUUCUCCACCCUCCGAGACCUCCUGGUGAUCCACAAGAAGACGGUGGCGACGUUCCUCGAGCAGGACUUCGACUUCUUCUUCAGGACGUACUCCACGCUGCUCACCAGCGACAGCUACGUCACCAAGCGCCAGGCCCUGCGCCUGCUGGGGGACAUACUGCUGGACAGGAACAACUACAAGGUCAUGACCCGGUACAUCUCCGAGCCCGAGCACCUCAAGGUCAUGAUGAACCUGCUGCGAGCCAAGGAGAAGGCCAUCCGCAACGACUCUUUCCAUAUCUUCAAGGUGUUCGUAGUGAACCCAAACAAGGGUGAGAAGAUUCAGAGUAUCUUGCUGAAGAACAAGGCCAAGCUGGUCACUUUCAUGAUGAAGUUUCGUGACGAAGAGGAGGAUGAGCAGCUCCAGGAGGAUUGUGCCGCUGUGCUCGAGCAUAUCCAGAAGCUUGAAGACAAGCAUGAAGGCAACACUGAGCAGGGAAAUUGA